AUGUACAGAAUAAGAAGAACCAAUUCCACUUGUGAUCUUUGCUAUCUUCUGAACCAUUCUUUCAGUUACUUCCAUAUUUUGUCUACUAUUUACUCUCUCAUUCUCUCUCGCUCUCUCCCUCAUUCUCUCUCUAUAUAUAUAUAUAUCUUUCUCUCUCUCUCUCUCUCUCUCUCUUGCUCUCUUUUUCACAAAAGAAAAUUUCCCAUCUUUGGCAACAUAAAUAGAAAAGUGGAUCUUUCUUUCCUUUUUCCCAUCUUUUCCCUUUUUCCCACAUCUUUCUUUAUUCCUUUCUUUCUUUCUUUCUUUUUGCAUCAUUUAUUUCUUGACACUUCCUUUUCUUUCCCUCAUCUUUUUCUUUUCUUUGCCACAUUCUUUCUUUCAUUCUUUCUUUCUUUCUCCAUCAUUUCUUUCUUUCUUUCUUUCUUUCUUUCUUUCUUUCUUUCUUUUCUUUUCUUUUCCCAUCAUUUAAUCCUUCCUUUUUUUCACUUUCCUUUUGUUUUUCCCUCUUCACGUCUUCUUUCUCUAUUUUUUCUAUUUUCUAUUCUGUCCCCUUCUUUUCUAAACCUUUCUUUCUUUCUUUCUUUCUUUCUUUCUUUCUUUCUGCUACAUCAUCUUACCUCUCACCUUAAAUUCCCUCCCUCCCUUCCUUCAUCCGUAAAAGGACCAAAACUUGUUCUAUUGAGUGAUAUUUAA